AUGAGGAAGAUCGUGCUCACGCAGGCCGGGCAGUGCGGGAACCAGAUCGGCGCCAAGUUCUGGGAGGUGAUCUCUGAUGAACACGCCAUCGACUGCACUGACACCUACCACGGGGACAGCCGCCUGCAGCUGGAGCGCAUCGACGUGUACUACAAGGAGGCCUGCGGUGGCAAGUACGUGCCCCGCUCUGUGCUCGUGGAUCUGGAGCCGGGCACCAUGUACUCUGUGCGCUCGGGGCCCUUCGGGCAGAUCUUCAGGCCGGACAGCUUCAUCUUUGGUCAGAGUGGGGCCGGAAACAACUGGGCCAGGGGGCACUACACAGAAGGCACGGGGCUGAUGGAGUCAGUGAUGGACGUUGCCAGAAAGGAGGUGGAUGAGCAAAUGUUCAACAUUCAAAAUAAGAACAGCAGCUACUUUGCUGACUGGCUCCCCCACAACGUCAAAACAGCCGUCUGUGACAUCCCACCCCGGGGGCUAAAAAUGUCAGCCACCUUUAUUGGGAACAACACGGCCAUCCAGGAACUCUUCAAGCAUGUCUCAGAGCAGUUUACAGCAAUGUUCCAGCCCAAGGCCUUCCUCCAUUGGUAUACCGGCGAGGGGAUGGAUGACAUGGGAUAUACGGAGGCCGAGAGCAACAUGAACGACCUGGUUUCUGAGUAUCAACAGUAUCAGGAUGCCACGGCCGAGGAGGAGGAGUUUGAGGAGUGUGCUGAGGAGGAGGAGGCCUAGAACUUUCCUUUCCUAGGUAAAGGGGGGAAGCAGUGUGGAUUCUUUACUGUGUUCUGACUGCCAUGUGUCACUACGCACUUGUUCGUUUGUGUCUUCACCUCUCCUCCUGCUGCAAUUUAAAGCAUUUUUAUAGUAUACGAUUUUGCCUAAUAAAGUAUUCUCAUAGC